CGUGGCAAUUAACGUGUCUGAGAAGUCGAUUUAAAACGCUUAACUUGCUAAAUGCGUGAAUCAUCGACAAUUCACUAUAUUUACCGGAAGAAAAAUUUCCUGAAACGAAGAGACGGCAAGCAGGAUGUCACUCUGAUGAAUUUGAUGUCUACACCGAUACUUCUCUAAUAACGACGAUAAUUCGUUACCUUACGAUUACAGAAACAAAUAUGAUAAUGUUCAUACCGUGUGUAACGCAUAGAACACGUCUUCCCAAAGAACACGUCUCUAUGCAUUUACGGAGCAUUUUAAAUGCGCAGGAUUUGCAUAACGCACAAAAAUGUACAAAAAUAUCCAAGAUAAAACAGUCGUCACGGUAUUUAAAGAACGGAAUAAAUCUCUAUCGAAGUACCUUUAUUUUCUUCGCUAAUGGAAAGCUAUGGAACCGAUGCUGUAAAAUAACAAUUCCAAAUUAUCAGAAGCCUCCAUAUCUCCGUACGGAUACAGAUUCGUGUUUAACCAGUGAUCGGUAAGGAUCGAUGCAACUUGAUUUCGGUCUGAGUUAGUGAUCGAUCAUUUCGUCGCAGCAGAAUCGAUCGUUCGUCCCUUCGCCAUUUUAGAUUCUUCGGGGAUCGACGCAUCCAGAUUCGACGAGUUCUCUGGAUGUAUCGUCGAUUCAGCAAAAAUAAAAUCUUGCACGGGCGAUGGAAAAGGAAAGAAACGGAUACGGAAAAGAACUUAAAAGAGAAGGAAAAAUAGAGAAAAGAAAAGAAAAAGACAAGGAAGAGGAAAAAGAAGGAACGAAACUUAUUGGCGUUGUGAGUCACUGGGUUGUAGUCGUGGAAGACGAUGCUAAAAGCUGACGCAUUUUCGCCGAUGCUAUUCGACGAUGCAACGCGACAAGUUGCAUUCUUAUCGUAGAAAUUCGCCAUUGUAGGCCAGCGUAGAUCUUCUCAACUGGAUAUGUUGGCCUUUGCGGAUCAUCCAUCGCGAUGCAUUUCAAUCGAAAUGGAAUCAUUUAUUAUUGGUCUGGACGAAAUGUCACGAUCAGGAAGGACGGAGAUGACGAUGAUAAUGAAGAGACGUUUAAAUGAAGAGAAGCAAAGAAGAAUAGGAAGUCGAAGAGAGGUUACGAUCGAAGGUUCUAUGGUCCUGAGGAACACAGGGGAAAACAUAAGUCAUAUUUUCUAUUACUUCGGCGAUCUUCACCCUCGAUGGUCGUUGUGGGUCCUAGUGACACCAACUAUCUUGAAGAGAAAUAUCUUCAAGAUUAUUUUAUUCCUGUGCAUUUAUCGCGCAGGAACCGAGUGAAAUUAUUAUAUUUCUUUGUACCUAAAUUUACGUACAUAAUUGAAAUGAAAGAUUUUUGUAUCUGUAUGUACGAAUAAAUUGAUUUUUUCGUAUAAUUUCAUCGUCGUUCAAAAACUG